AUGGGGAACACAAGCUCUUUGAACGAAGUCCCCACAGACGGCGCCAAAAUGUUGAACGUCGUCGAACCUACAGAACUCUCACACCGAAGGGGGUCUCCGGUGAAGAGCCUCCGAUGCUUAAAUGAAGGUGGUUAUAAGGCGUGGACCACUCGGGUGAUGCCGCGUGGUUUUACCCAUGCUUUUGACCUUGAUUACCUUGAGGUGAACACUCCUCAAUCGUCGAGUCCUGUUAUCCAACUCACUUGGCCAAAGGAUCGACCAGAUGCUCUCUCGAGUUCUCGUCUCCUGCUCGACCUGAUGACCAUCCCGGUUCAACUCGGAUGCCUCUCCGAUCUAGUUGACCAAAGGACCGUGCGCCAGAAAUCGGACGAUUCAGUUAAAGAACCACCAAACAAGACACAGAAGCGGGUUACUGCUAUUAACAGAGACCUUCCUCCCCCUAAUGAGCAGUUCCUACAUGAUUUUGAGCAGAUACAGCGUCAGUUUCCUGACCAGGAGCAACUACGUGCUGUAACAGAAUCUGUUUUGAUAUCUCUAGUUAUCCAAUGCUGUGGUCAUGCUCCCAGAGCAGAGUUCUUGCUCUUUGCUCUACGUAGUCUGUGCAAUAUUGCAUGCAUAAACUGGGAUACCUUCUUGCCUUCUCUUCUUUCUUCUGUUUCCUCUGCCGAGGCCCCCAGUGUUGGUCAGGGCAGUCAAACAGCAGCUGCUACUACUACUUCAGGCACCUCAUCCCAGUCAAAUGCCGUUCCCAAUUCCACUAAUUUUCAGCUAUCAAGUUCCGCUUCACCUUUGCCUUCGGUUCAUGGUGUUGGAUCCCCCAUACAGUCAGUGCCUGAGCCGUCAUCUGGUGCCAAAUCGUCUCCAAUGAAAUCCACUGAUAUCAACGGUCAACAGUCAGCUAAGUCCACCUUCUUCGCGAGAGAAAAUGCCUUAAGCAGUCUACGCCAGCUGUCCUGCAAGAUUAUUUUGAUCAGCCUCGAAUCUGAUCUUAUGCCUGUCACGCGCGCGGAUAUCUUUAACCACAUGUUGAAUUGGCUCGUUAAUUGGGAUCAGAAACUGCAGGGUGUCGAUGAGUUCGACAGUGCGAAAUCCUGGAGACCAGACAAGGCUCUCGUCGAGUGGCUGCACAACUCGUUAGACGUGAUUUGGCUUUUGGUCGAGGAUCAUAAAUGCCGUGUGCCCUUCUAUGAGCUGAUACGUAGUGGAUUGCAGUUUAUUGAGAAUAUACCGGAUGAUGAGGCGCUGUUCACCCUUAUCUUAGAGAUUCACAGAAGGAGAGAUGUGAUGGCGACCCAUAUGCAGAUGUUAGAUGCACACCUUCACUGCCCUACGUUUGGAACCCCCCGACUUUUGCCUCAGGCCCCUGCUAACAUAUCUGGCGAAACAGUGACUAACAUGAGAUAUUCUCCCAUCACGUAUCCUAGUGUGCUUGGAGAGCCUCUGCAUGGAGAGGAACUUGCGGCAUCAAUUCAGAGAGAGAGUCUUGACUGGAAACGAGCUCUGAGAUGUCUGAGACAUGCUUUCCGCAACACCCCAUCUCCCGACUGGUGGAGACAAGCAAACUGUUGGCAGGAGUGGCUUAUCUUUUCAGAUGUGUUCUUUUUCCUCAUGAAACAUGGAUGCAUUGAUUUUGUUGAUUUUGUCGACAAGCUAGUUUCUCGACUCCAAGGUGGUGGUGAUCAACAUAUUCUGAGGACAAAUCACGUUACAUGGUUGCUAGCACAAAUUAUUCGUGUUGAGCUUGUCAUGAAUGCUCUAAAUUCAGACUCGAGAAAGGUGGAGACGACCAGAAAAAUCCUUUCAUUCCAUAAAGAAGAUAGAGGUUCUGACCCUAAUAAUUCCCAAAGUAUCUUGCUGGAUUUCAUUAGCAGUUGUCAGAAUUUAAGAAUUUGGUCACUGAACACAUCAACCAGAGAAUAUCUGAAUCACGAGCAACUUCAAAAGGGGAAGCAAAUAGAUGAAUGGUGGAGGCAGGUUAGCAAAGGUGAACGAAUUAUGAAUUAUAUGAAUAUGGACGAAAGAUCUGUUGGGAUGUUUUGGGUGGUAUCGUAUACCAUGGCACAACCUGCUUGUGAAACAGUCAUGAAUUGGUUAACAUCUGCUGGAAUAACAGAGAUGUUACCGGGAACAAAUAUGCAGUCGAAUGAGAGAUACAUGGUGAUGCAGGAAGUUAGCCCAUUGCCCAUAUCUUUGUUAUCUGGAUUUUCCAUAAAUUUAUGCUUGAAACUGGCAUAUCAGAUGGAAGAAUCUAUGUUUUCAGGACAGGUUGUGCCUAGCAUUGCAAUGGUCGAAACCUAUGUUCGUGUCUUGCUCAUUGCUCCUCAUGCAUUGUUCCGUUCACUCAUGACGCUUCUGACCCAGAGGAAUCAAAAUCCGCUGAGCAAACCUGCUGCUUUGAUUUUGGUUUUUGAAAUUCUUAACUACCGUUUACUAUCACUCUACAGGUACCAAGGAAAGAACAAAGGGUUAAUUCAUGAUGUCACAAAAAUUAUUGCUACACUGAAGGGAAAGCAUGGAGACCAUCGUGCUUUUAGGCUGGCCGAAAAUUUAUGCAUGAAUCUAAUACUAUCAAUGAGAGAAUUUUUUAAUGUAAAGAGGGACGGAAAGGGCCCAACUGAGUUUACUGAGACACUAAAUCGAAUAACUGUAACUAAUCUUGCCAUCAUCAUCAAAACUCGUGGGAUUGCAGAGGUUGAACAUAUGUUUUACCUCCAAACAAUGUUGGAACAGAUACUGGCCACCAGUCAACAUGUAUGGUCUGAGAAAACACUCCGCUAUUUCCCUAAUAUUUUGCGCGAGGCGUUGGCUGGGCGUGUAGAUAAGAGAGGUUUGGCCAUUCAAUUAUGGCAGCAGGCAGAAGCAACUGUGAUCCAUCAAUGUAAUCAACUUCUUUCUACUAAUACUCAAUCCGAAUAUGUGACGACUUACAUAAAGCACAGUUUUCCUCAGCAUCGCCAGUAUCUCUGUGCUGGAGCAUGGGUACUUAUGUAUGGAUCCGAAAGCAUUAACGUUGCACAUCUUGAUCUCAUGCUGAAAGUAUGCAACAACCUCGCCUUCUUUAUUUGGACCCAUGAACUAAUACCUUUAGACAUUUUACUGUUGGCACUUAUUGACCGUGAUGAUGAUCCCAAUGCUUUGCGGAUUGUGAUAAAUAUACUUGAUAGCAAAGAGCUUCAACAAAGAGUGAAAAUUUAUCUUAUGAAUCGUGGUCCACCCGAGCACUGGCUUUUCUCUGGAACUUUCAAGCGUGUUGAAGUGCAAGAGGCUCUUGGAUUACACUUGUCGUAUAAAGAAAGCAAUUUUACUUUAGUGUCGUUGUUGAAGGCUUUGCCUUUGAGCUUCAUACGAGCUAGUGAAAUAUAUGAAAUUUCCCAGGUUGCUUGGCAUUGGACCGGUUAUGCUCUUGUUUUUGUACUUUGUACACUUAGGGCGUGCUUGUUUAUGAAAUAUUUCAUUCAAAGGAGGUUGCUCCCAGUGAUUCCCAUGAUCGUGUAUAGGCUUAUCGAAAACGAUGCUAUCGAUGCUGCCGACAGAGUCCUACAAGUUUACUCAACUUUCCUUCAUUACUAUCCUUUGAAUUUCACAUUUGUGCGCGACAUACUUGCCUAUUUCUACGGCCAUCUUCCUGGGAAACUCAUUCUCCCAAUUUUGCAUGUCCUCGACCUUAAGAAGAUCCCUUUCUCAGAGUCGUUCCCUCAGCACAUCAACUUGGCCAAUGCUCCCAUCUGCCCUCCGCCGGACUACUUUGCGACCCUUCUGCUUAAUCUGGUCCAUCACGUGAUCCCUCGCCUGAGCAGCAAUUCUUCCAAAAACGGGCAGUUGGAGGAGGAUAAAGCCCAGUGGGCCCCACCCCACAAGUCUCCCCAGUCAACCUCACAGCACCCCACCUCCACCUCCCCUCCUCCUCUUCCCGAAGCCGGCCAAAAGCCGUUCUACCAGGUUCAAGAUCCCGGCACUCACACGCAGCUCAUUCUAGAAACUUCCGUCAUCGAAAUCCUCUCUCUUCCCGUCACCCCUUCCCAAAUCGUGUCCUCACUCGUCCAAAUCGUGGUCCACAUACAGCCCACUCUCGUCCAGUCCAAUAACGGGCCUGCCUCGGGCUGUGUGCUCCCAACUUCUCCUUCUGGAGGGAGCACCGACUCGUUGGGCCCCACACGGCCCACUUCUGCUGGAUCGGGCCUGACAACAACCAACUUUGUGUGGCGAAGUGGAUACACGUGCCAGCAGCUGUCCUGCUUGUUGAUCCAGGCUUGCGGCCUUCUUCUGGCCCAGUUGCCGCCGGAUUUUCACGUACAGCUGUAUAUGGAGGCUGCUCGUGUGAUAAAGGAGAGCUGGUGGCUUGCGGAUGGAAAAAGGUCGGCUAGCGAACUCGAGUCUGCCGUUUGCUAUGCGCUGUUGGACCCAUCGUGGGCCGCGCAAGACAAUACCUCGACUGCUGUUGGUAAUGUGGUUGCAUUGCUACAUGCUUUCUUCAGUAACCUUCCACUAGAGUGGAUGGAAGGAGCACAUGUUAUAGUUAAGCACCUAAGGCCCGUGACAUCAAUAGCUGGAUUGAGAAUAGCUUUUCGUAUUAUGGGUCCGUUGCUCCCCCGAGUUGCCAAUGCUCACACCCUCUUCAGUAAGAUAUUGUCACUUCUUCUAAGUGUCAUGGCCGAUGUCUUUGGGAGGAACGUGCAGCCACCUGCUCCUAUUGAAGCAUCAGAAAUAGCCGAUAUUAUAGACUUUCUGCAUCACAUUGUUCACUACGAAGGACAAGGAGGCCCUGUGCAAGCUAGCAGCAAACCGAGGCCCGAAGUCCUUGGUCUCAUGGGCCGAGCAGCUGAAACUUUACGUCCAGACAUACAGCAUCUCCUUACUCACUUGAAAGCUGAUGUCAACAGUUCAGUAUAUGCUGCUACUCAUCCAAAAUUUGCUCAGAACAAUGCCAAUUGA